GAACAAAGUGUAUGAUGGAACCAAUCUACUGCUCCACAAAUGGCAACUUUUAGAGAGGUAUCCAGUCCUUCUCCUUGCCAGGAGAACCUCAAACGGUUUUUCUGCAGAGUGCUUCUGUCCAUGGAAGAUGGAAACAGAAGAUGCAGAGGAUGCAUUUGUCACAAUAAAGGGGUUAUAUGAAAGUCUUCUGAAUGUGGCUACUGCAGAGAAAGCAACAAGCAGAGUGGGAGAGACUCCAGCACCAAACAGCAAACAGACAGAGACUCCACCAAUACACAACACAGCAGACCCGGCAUCAGAGUCAACACCUCUGCUCCCCUGUAAUGUGGAUAACUCAGAGAAAGCAGCAAGCAGCACGGUCGAGACUCCAGCAACAACCAGCAAACAGACAGAGACUCCACCAAUAGACAACACAGCAGACCCGGCAUCAGAGUCAACACCUCUGCUCCCCCCUGAGUCUGAAACUCCUGCAUCUUCCUCCUUGGCUUCUCCUAUUCCUUUCACAAACUCCUUGUCGUUAUUUGUUGCUCCUUCAGUCUCCACCCUGACUCAGUCUGUUUUGAAGUUCUCUCAACCCAGUCCUAUAUCUUAUCCCCUGGCUUCUCCUCUGCCACCAGCCUCUAUCCUUUCUGCUUCUUCUAAACUCAAUCCUGUGUCCACUGAGCUAGGCAGUCCAGACACCGUGUCUUACGCACCAAAAAAAAGACAAAUAAAGAGGAAAACAGAACCUAAAG